AUGAAUAUUGAAAAAUUAAGAAUAAAAAACUUAAAGGGUUUAAAUUUAAGAAAAGAAAUAGUAAUAAAUAAGAGAUAAAAUCAUGAAGAAAUAACUGACGCAGUAUAAGAUUAAAUUAAUUAAGACAGAAAAAAAGUACAAAGAACAAACCAAAGAAUAGAAUGCUGAAGAAAUUUGA